GUGGCGAUGGCUUCUGCACUCAACAGCAAAAUGCACUCGCCCGGGACUUGCUCGGUCUCCACAGCCGAUGCCCGCGGAGAUGCUAGCUGGAGAAUGGAUUGUGAUCCGGAGAUCCAUGUGAAAAUGUGCAAAAAGAUCGCCCAACUCACCAAGGUGAUCUAUGCCCUGAACACCCGCCAGGAUGAAGCCGAAGCCAGCAUGGAAGCCCUGCGAGAGGCCCACGAGGAGGAGCUCCAGAAUGCAGUCGCAGAGACCAAGGCCAGCCUCCUGCAGGACCAGGGCCGCGCAGAGGAAAACAUCCUUCUGCAGCGCAUUCAGACCCUGGAGAAUGCCCUGCAGCUGCAGAAGAGGCUGACCCAAGAGGCUCUGGCCGAGUCAGCCACUUACAGGCUGGAGACCAAAGAGCGAGAACUGAGGGUGGAGGCAGAGCAUGCCGAGAGGAUCCUGACCCUGUCCAGGGAGAUGCUGGAACUCAAGGCUGACUAUGAGAAGAGGCUCCGGCACCUGACCAGCCAUGAGGCGCCUGAGUGGGGCCGCCCUCCACAAGAGAGUGCCAACAACAAGGCAGAGCUGGGCCAGGGCCAUGGCCCUGAGAUGCAGGAGGUCCUGCUGGAGGUGGAGCGACUGCGUGUGGAAAACCAGCAGCUGAGCAAGGACUAUGCCCGCAAGGCUGAGGAGCUGCAGGCCACCUAUGAGCGGGAGAAUGAGGCCAUCAGGCAGGCCAUGCAGCAGUCAGUGAGCGAGGCCCUGUGGCAAUGGCAGGAGAAGGAGACAGACCUCCGCAAGAACUUCCAGGUACAGGAGUCAGCCCUGCAGGCCCAGGUCAGGAAGCUGGAAGGGGAUCUGGAGCACAGGGGUCGCAAGAUAAGUGACCUGAAGAAGUAUGCCCAGAAGCUGAAGGAAAGGAUCCAGGACCUGGAUGUGCAGCUUAGAGAGGCUCGCCAGGAGAACUUGGAGUUGAAAAGCACAGCCAAAAAACUUGGGGAGAAGCUGGCUGUUGCCAAGGACAGACUGAUGCUUCAGGAAUGUCAUGUGUCACAGAAAACUGAUGACACAAAGACUGAGCUAAUUUCAGAGAAAGAAGUCAUGGGAGAAGCGAAUGACUUGGAAUCCCACAAUCUUCAUCCUCAGCAGGACCAGACCUUUACCAAGGCAUGCCCAGGCCCAAAAGGAAGCACAGAUACACAGACCAAGAAAGAGGCAAGUGUUGACACAGAACAUAUGAAGCAAAAAUAUGAAGAAGACCUUCGUAAAAUCAGACAUCAGACAGAAGAAGAGAAGAAACAUCUCAAAGACCAGCUGGUGAAGCGACUGGAAGACUUGGUGAAGAAGCAUACAGUGGAAAUCAAAUCAGUUCACUUGUCUGUGGAAGCUGAGCGGAAGAAGCUGCAGAAGGAAGUCGAAGCCCAGCUGGAGGAAGUGAAGAAGAAGUCAGAAAAUGAAAUAAAGCAGCUGGAAGAAGAGAAAGCAGCCCUAAAUGUGAAGCUGCAGAACUCGCUGCUGGAGGUUUUAAGGCUAGAAGAAUUUAUCCAACAAAAUAAGGUUCGUCCCCAAAAAACUGAGGAAAAGCCCCAGGAAUCAGACUGCCUGCGCUGCCGUAUUGUGGAGACCCAGGCCACGGAGGAGCGCUUGAAGAAGGAAUCCAGCCACAGCCUCCAGAUCCAGCACCAGACACACCGGCUGGAGCUGCAGGCCCUGGAGGAAAAGGCACGGCAAGAGCUCCAGGGGGAGCGUGAGAGGAUGCAGGCCCAGCAGACUCUGCUGCUAGAGUCCCUCAGGCAGGAACUGUUUGAUCAGCGAGCUGCCUGCUCCGAGCACCAGAAGGACUUGGCAGCAUUGCAGGCCCAGCUGAGAGCUCUGGGCAGCUCGGGCCAACAGCAGACCAGUAGCCGGCCCACAGGGGACAGUGAGGACCAAGCCCUCCCCACAGAGGAGCAAGGCGAGCCCAGCCGGGCCAGCUCUCCCACAGGCCCCUUCGAGGAGGGGCUGAGCAAGGGGUGCGGACUCUGGGAGGAGAACUUGCAGCUCAAGGACACGGUGCAGAGGCUGAGGGCUGAAGUGGAACAGCACCGGCAGGAGGCCCUACAGCUUCGUGACCAGCUCAGGUUGCUGAAGGAGGGCCAGCAAAGUCAGCAGUCCCAGGAGAUGGAGGCACUACGCCAGGAACACCGGAAGGAGAUGCAGAACAUGGUGGCUGACUUCAGCAGCACCCAGGCUCAGCUCCAGGCCCAGCUGGCGGCCCUAGAGAACGAGUAA